AUGGAGAGACUUGGGUUUAAGAAGUACUAUCUUCAAGGAGGCGAUUGGGGAUCGAUGGUUACCAUCAACAUGGCCAAACUUUACCCAGAAAAGGCUCUGGGAAUUCAUCUGAAUAUGAUGCCACUUUUACCAGGUGCCUCCAUCAAGGGUACCAUUUUUGAUAUUUUGGGAAGCUUCUGGCCUCGCCUUAUUUUCUCCUCUGCUGAACAUCAAAAUCACAACAUGUUUGGUAAGAUAUUUGUAAUGAUGGUUGAGAGCGGUUAUAUGCACUUACAAGCGACAAAACCGGACACAGUAGGCACAGCACUUAACGACUCUCCUUUGGGUUUAGCCGCUUACAUCUUGGAAAAGUUCUCAACCUGGACGGAUUUGAAGUAUAGGGAACUCUCUGAUGGAGGAUUGACGAAGAAGUUCACAAGGGAUGAAUUGCUUACAAUCGUCAUGAUUUACUGGAUCAACGGUAAUAUUGUGUCAUCUCAACGAUUC